AUGACGAAUGAAACUUGGCUGGUUUUCCUCAAGUCGGGAAAGCUGGUUCUGGAGCAUCGAUGCGUACUGAUGGUUGAGAGGGUGGUAGGGUUGCGGCUUGCGUCGGCCCCUGCGUUUUCUUCUUCCUCAGAGUUGGCCGAGGCGGCUGUCGCUGACGUCGCCGCGGCCGCCGAGCUCGUAGAGCCCUCCAAACCCUUUCAAAUCGCGGCGGACCUUGCGGCGGAGACGGCGGAGACGGCGGAGACGGCCACCCCUGGCGCCCUCGAGUCUGAUAAGAGUGCUGCCCCGGCCCUGGCCGCAACCAUUGUCGCUGCAGCGGAUGAUGCUCUGGCUGCCGUUGGCGCUGAUCGCCCUGCCGUGUUGGCGGUAGUGGAUACGCCCGCAGAGCCAGCUGUCGCCAGCCCGGUGGUUGCGAUGGACAUCCCGGCAAUGCCAGCGAUCAAUGCCGACACUGAUGUGCAGACGCUGGUGGUGGCUCUGAUCCGCAACGAGCAGUUUAUUUCCGCGCUGGUCAACAACGAGGCCUUUCUGGAUCGACUAGCCGGAGAGGACCGGGUGGUGGAGGAGCUGGCGCGGCGCAAGGGCUUGAGCGUCGAGGCUGUUAGGGCUCUAGGGAAUUUGCCUGUAAAACAGGAGAAUCUCUCUGUUUGCGUCUGGGGGACUUGGACUAAUGAAAAGGUCUUCAAGGUGGAGGCGCGCGACGAGCUGGCGACGGAGCUGCGGCGGCGGCAACAGAUGAUGGACGCUCUGGCGGCACGUGGCGAGGAAGCCGUACUGGCCGUGGCCGACGCCGCCAAGCGGGCGGCGGAGGAGGCGUCGGCGGCGGCGCGCAAUGAGACCAUGGAGGCUGACGUUACCGGGGAGGUGGGCGUGGUCUCCUCAGGCAAGUCGGCGCUGGUGGCGAUGAGCGCCGCGGUUGAGCUUCUAGAAGACAGCCAGGAGCUUCUGGCGGCAAUCGAGGCCAAUCCCGGAAGCACCCCGCUAUCCGCCAUUAUGGAUGAUGACCAAAAGCUGCAGCGCGAAAUGAGCGUGAUGGAAGCUGCGGUGGCGCGUGCGGAGAACUCUGUGAGCAAGACGCUGGGGAAGAGCGCCGCGGAGCAGCUGCCCGCGAUCCAGGACGCCGUACGGGAGCUAUAUUCUGGAGGCGAGCAGCAGGACGAGGUGGCGAUCAACCGGGCUUACACCGAUCUGGUGACGGCCGUGGCGGAGAUGCAGCGGGCGUACGGCACCGCCAUUUCCAAGGCGGUGGGACAUGCUGUGGCGGAGGUGGUGGAGGUGGAGGAGGCGGCGAUUAAGGGUGCGGAGAAGACAAAGGUGCUCCUGGGCCAGAAGCCCCUUGGACUCCUCGUGGUGAAAUUUGAAAAGGAAUAUGUGUCGCGGCUUAACAUGCGUUUGCGAUCGGGUGACGAGGAUCUCAAAGUGAAAGUAAUAUUGACUUAUUUUUUGAUACGGAAUGAGAAAGUCGAGGAACUGGAGAAGGCUGUGAGCUUCAAUUCGCCAGCCACCAGGAGAGACGCCAUCAUUACCCAGGAGCCUGCUACUGUCGCGACAAACACGUCGGGGACUAACUUGACAAAGGAGCAAGAUGUGGAAGCGUCAGGGCUGAAGUUCGCGGUGGUGGGUGCCUUCCUGUUCUGGUUUUGGGGAACCUUUGUUCAGCCGAAGUCUAGGUACAGCAGGUAA